GAGAGGAGAAAAAGAAAGGAGAAGAAGAAGAAGUCGCCGCCGGCCGUUCUUUCCUUUUGUUCCGCCGCCGUCCGUCGCCGACCGCCCUCGCCGUUGUUCCUCGUCGCCGUCUGCCACUUUAGUUAUGGAUAAGGGUUGGAUGAAACUUAGAAAUAAGUUAUCCCUUGAGUAUAGACAUGGAAUGACCCAAUUUUUAGAAUUUGCCAAAUUUCACGUUGAUGCUUACGGACGAUUGAGGUGUCCAUGCAAGAGAUGUUUGAAUUUAAAUUGGAGCUCAUUAGAGGGUGUGGAAAGACAUCUGCUGACUAUAGGAAUAUCCCCCUACUACACAGAAUGGGUGUAUCAUGGAGAGUCAUUAAGCUAUAGAGGUACAGAAAACUUUGAGGAAGGAACUAGUAGUAAUCCUUUUAAUGAAGGAACUAGUAGUACACAAUUUAAUGAAGAAGGUGAUAUCUUUGGUAUGCUAAAUGAUUUACAAGCCCCUAUUGAACAUGAAGAGGAAAUAGAGGAAUUUCGUUUGGAAGAUGAAAUGGCGAUGAAUGUUGGGGUAAAUAUAGAUGAAGAUACAACAAAUAAUAUAUUUCAGGACUUAUUGAAUCAAGCACGUAAUGAGUUGUUCCGGGAAACACACGUUCGAGCUGGGACAUUCGUGUCGCAGGCCGCCGAGGAUGCGCAUAAUCAAAUGCUGGAACUCCAAUCCCAGCCUACCCCAGAGGGUAGUCAGCCACUCUCUGAGGAUGAGAUAUGCGAUCAGGUGUUGGGUAGACGACCAGGCUACUCAAAAGGCCUUGGUUGGGGACCCAAGCCGAAGGCCCGCAGAACGGCAAGUGCAAGCAGUUCGUCGACAUCUUGUUCGCAGUCCACACAAAAAGAGAUUGAAUUAUAAGCUAAACUUCAUGAAGCUUUGGAACGGAUUGAAGUACAAGAUAGAAAUCACCAAGCAUUAGCUUCACAAGUGGAAGCUAUGAAAAAGAUGAUUGAAGACCUAACUCGUGCACAACAGGGACCACCACAUGAUCCCUAGCCCUGCGGACCGAAGGUGUAGAAUGACGCGCAUACGCACCUCGUUGGGAGAUUGGGUCUUAUGUUUAUGUUUUUUGUAUAUUGAGAACUAUAUUUUCUUGUAGUCAACUUAUUCGUAUUAUUAAUUUUAAUUCUAUUUUUUAA